AUGGGUCACGCGCAUUCCAAGGGCAAUGCUGGCGCGGGCGACUCGUUGCAGAACCUCUGCGGGGAAAGGUCCACCCGCUCGUUCCGUGGCUUUAUGCGCUCAAAAGUCCCAGGUGCUCGAGACAUUGACAGCCCUCAAGGCUCAAGCACCUCACUCGUCUCAUCGGACGGCCAGAUUGAUAAGUCUGAUGCUAGGUCGGUCAGGUUGACAGGUAGUGAACCCGGAUCUGACAGAGUUGCCCAGCUCGCAACUCGACCCGGCCACUCGCGAUCCUCGUCUCCCAUUAGGUUGACGCAUGCACACAUGUAUUUCGAUGCUCAGGAAAGCGACGAAUCUGAUGCUGUGUUUGACCGUUCUCCGGCUACCGUAGCCGAGAGCGCUCAGAAAGUAGGCGAGUCGAAUCUGAUCAAGCGAGAAAAUCAGCUGAAUCCCAUCUUGGAUUCAAUUUACGAUGCGAAGGAUUCUUCUGGAUCUCCCCAUAUAGACAUGAGCGUUUUGGACGACAUGAUCUUGCGACUCCUGGAUGCGGGAUAUUCCACCAAAGUCACCAAGAAUGUCUGUCUGAAGAAUGCAGAGAUCAGUGUCAUCUGCUCCGCGUCUCGAGAACUUUUGCUUUCGCAACCUCCUCUGUUGGAGCUUUCGGGGCCCUAUACUGACCUAAUAAGACUCUUUGAGAUGUGUGGGUUCCCACCUGCCUCAAAUUACCUCUUCCUCGGGGACUAUGUCAACCGUGGGAAACAGAGUCUGGAGACCAUUCUUCUACUGCUUUGUUAUAAAAUCAAGUAUCCCGAAAACUUCUUUCUACUCCGAGGCAACCAUGAGUGCGCCAGUAUCACGCGGGUAUAUGGGUUUUAUGACGAGUGUAAGAGACGCUGCAACUUGAAAAUCUGGAAAACGUUUAUCGACACCUUCAACUGCCUUCCAAUUGCUUCAAUUGUGGUUGGUAAAAUAUUUUGCGUCCACGGUGGGCUUUCCCCCAGCCUCUCACACAUGGACGAUAUCCGAAGCAUUGCACGUCCCACUGAUAUUCCAGAUUAUGGUCUAUUGAACGACCUCUUAUGGAGUGAUCCUGCUGAUAUGGAAGAGGAUUGGGAGCCGAACGAACGAGGCGUGAGUUAUUGUUUCGGAAAGAAGAUUAUAAUGGACUUCUUACAGCGCCACGAUUUUGACUUGAUUUGCCGUGCGCACAUGGUGGUCGAGGACGGAUAUGAAUUUUAUCAGGACCGAACGUUAGUGACUGUAUUCUCCGCGCCUAACUAUUGUGGUGAGUUCGAUAACUGGGGCGCCGUCAUGUCGGUCUCGGGUGAGCUCUUGUGCAGUUUUGAGCUCCUGAAGCCUCUGGACUCAACUGCUCUGAAAAAUCACUUUAAGAAAGGGCGAAACAAGCGGAAUAGACUUUCAAGCAGCCUCGUAUAUCAAUGUGAUCAGAGCGACCAAAGACUGCCAAUUAUGAAUGAUAAUAAAAACGACGAACUCGAAAGCAGCUUCAAACAUCGACUCGGUAAAGAGGCUCCAUCUAAUAAAAUACCAAAAGCAAAAACAUCAGAUGCCAUCUUAUCGAGCAAGUCCCCAGUCGCCAUCGACACUAGAAGAUCGCUGCCUGAACCGGCCGAUAACUCCGUUUUCGUUCUGGCUAGCGACUUGUUCAAGGCUAUUUUGAGUCUAUUCACCUCGAUUGCCCAGCGCUCGGCACAGAUGAAGCAUUCGCGUCGGCUACGCAGCGAGCUAGAGCGCUUUUUUCUAUGGGGAGAUGCCUUAUCCAUUUCAAACGGCCAGCUUGAUGAAGUACUUUCCAAAUCGUCAGACCUUUGUCAGACUGUGCUCUCUACUCUCUACGAGCUUGGCUCGAUUAUCAAUGAUAGCCUACUACGAGCGGUUAGUGAGCUGAUCCAAUUGACGAAGUCAGAAGGCUCUGUUGAAUCUGAUUUGGCAGACCUGACCCAGUCAGACAUGGCUCGCCAGCUUCAGAAGAUUCUAGAGAAGGCAGCUCCUGUUCUGGUCACACCUAAAGAUACAGCAAACUUUGAGAGACUUUCGGAUGAUGAAUCUAUGCGCUAUGACUUGGACGAGGUCCUAGAAGACAUUGCAAUAUUUGUCGAUUGUCUCAUGGACCUCUCCCUUGCUCUUGAGAGCCCCGGUGAACGACAUUGA